AUGUCACAAAGGGGCCUGGAGCUUGCCCACCAAAAAAGGGAGGCAGUACUCAUCACAAACAGACGGGCGUACGUCCCGCCCAGUCUGUUUGUCGGCGGGCAUCAAAUCACCAUAGGAAAAAAACUCAGGUAUCUUGUGGUCAUCCUGGAUAAGUUCCUGACAUUCGCGCCGCACAUAGACAUGGUUGCUAAUAAGGCCUCUCGCUCAGCAGCCGCCCUGGCAAGGCUAAUGCCAAAUGUAAGGGGCCCCGGCCAGAGGAAACGCAGGCUCCUAUCCACGGUGGUUGAGAGUCAGCUAUUGUACGCAGCCCUGGUCUGGGCCACCCGAGUGUCCGAGAUCGCCAGGACCAGGGCAAACCUGAUCUGCCCACAGAGGUCGGCCGUCCUGAGGUUAAACCAGGCCUAUAGGACCGUCUAUGCUGAGGCUGCUCUGGUUCUUGCUUGCAUGCCGCCAUUGGACGUAUUAAGUCUCGAAAGGCUCAGAAUCAGGGACCGGUUAAACACCGCACACAACCCCGGAGAACUACAUUGGAUACUUAUCUCAGGCUGCAUCCGAAUUGCAUGCCAAAAAAAAAAAAUGUCCGAAUUGCAUGCCGUAUCUUGGAGGGGUCUGUCCGAAUUGCAUGCCGUCUCUUGGAGGCGUCUGUCCGAAUUUCAUGAAAUCUCUUGGAGGGGUCUGUCCGAAUUGCAUGCCAUCUCUUGGAAGGCUUUGUCCUUUUAG